UGCGUUCGUUAUCAUAGAGCUAUAUCUUGGAGGGAAGUUCGGCGGUACAAGCGUUCUGAUCAAUUACAGUACUCGCGUGGGAUAGAUGCCGCUCUAGGCACUACCCGCUCUCUAUCUUCAGGCCUCGUAAUUUUACAACGGAAGUGCAAGUGAAACGGAUGUGAGCUCGGGAGGCGUUUGGGCGGACCGAGAGGCGCUGGGUUCGGCAGUUCUGGGGCUGCUCCUGUGCGGGCAGGUGGAGGAUCGCCGUCAUGUCGGCUAGCGCCGUCUAUGUGUUGGAUCUCAAGGGCAAGGUUCUCAUCUGUAGAAAUUACCGUGGAGAUGUGGAUAUGUCAGAAGUAGAGCAUUUUAUGCCUAUCCUUAUGGAGAAGGAAGAAGAAGGGACUCUCUCACCUAUUCUGGCUCAUGGAGGUGUUCGCUUCAUGUGGAUUAAACACAACAAUUUAUAUUUGGUUGCCACUUCAAAGAAGAAUGCCUGUGUCUCUCUCGUGUUCUCAUUUCUAUACAAGGUAGUUCAGGUCUUUUCUGAAUAUUUCAAGGAACUGGAAGAAGAGAGCAUUCGGGAUAAUUUUGUGAUCAUUUAUGAACUGCUAGAUGAAUUGAUGGAUUUUGGCUAUCCCCAGACCACAGACAGUAAAAUUUUACAAGAAUACAUAACACAAGAAGGCCACAAGCUGGAAACCGGAGCCCCACGCCCUCCUGCCACUGUUACAAAUGCCGUGUCUUGGCGUUCUGAAGGGAUCAAGUACCGUAAAAAUGAAGUCUUCCUGGAUGUCAUAGAAUCUGUUAAUCUUUUGGUUAGUGCCAAUGGGAAUGUUCUGCGCAGUGAAAUUGUUGGCUCCAUCAAAAUGAGGGUUUUCUUGUCUGGAAUGCCAGAGCUUCGCCUUGGCUUGAAUGACAAAGUCCUCUUUGAUAAUACUGGCCGCGGCAAGAGCAAAUCUGUGGAACUGGAAGAUGUGAAAUUCCACCAGUGUGUUCGUCUCUCUCGUUUCGAAAAUGAUAGGACUAUUUCAUUUAUCCCACCUGAUGGGGAGUUUGAGCUCAUGUCCUAUCGCCUUAAUACCCAUGUAAAGCCUCUGAUCUGGAUUGAAUCAGUUAUAGAAAAGCACUCCCACAGCCGCAUAGAGUACAUGAUUAAGGCCAAGAGUCAGUUCAAGCGCAGAUCCACAGCCAAUAAUGUGGAGAUUCACAUUCCUGUUCCAAAUGAUGCUGAUUCACCAAAAUUCAAAACCACAGUUGGGAGCGUCAAGUGGGUUCCUGAGAACAGCGCCAUUGUGUGGUCCAUCAAGUCUUUUCCUGGAGGGAAGGAGUACUUGAUGCGGGCCCAUUUUGGGCUCCCAAGUGUAGAAGCUGAGGACAAAGAAGGGAAACCUCCCAUCAGUGUGAAGUUUGAAAUCCCAUAUUUCACCACAUCUGGAAUCCAGGUUCGCUAUUUAAAAAUAAUUGAGAAGAGUGGCUACCAGGCAUUGCCUUGGGUCCGCUACAUUACCCAGAAUGGAGAUUAUCAGCUUCGAACACAAUAAUGUCAACUCAAUUACUGCGGCCAAGAAAGUAAUGAAUUUCCCUGUUGAGAAACAUGUUUGGUGCUUGAAGGUCUGGGCCAAGGUUGUCUUGCUGGUUGGAAGUGGAAUCAGGCCGUGUCCCAUAUCCAGCUGUGCUUGGACCAGUGUUUAGUGCAGACCUCAUGAAUGUUUUUUCUUGUACACCCCAUUCAGUGUUGUUUAUGUUAGGAGUAGCUGUUGCCUUGAAACAAGGCCAGGAGCCAAUCUUGGGAAAACUUGGCUGGUCUUAUUUCUUUGCUUCAGAAAUUGAGGUACAUUAGUCCUUCUUUCUGAUGUUUUGUAUUAGCUGAGCUCCUCUUGCCAACCAUAUGCCGCCUGCUGCAUCUUAAUUCUAGUUUAACUCUGGUGACAUCUUGAAAUCAGUUUUGAUUGCAUUGCUGGUCUGUUUUUGCAAAUGAAUGAUCUACAGCGGAGGCCCCAGAUGACAGAGUUUACAAAAUACAACUCAUUUCACUGAUGGCGCUCAGCUCAAGGAAGAGAAAAUGAAGUUGGUGUCACAAGGUGUUCUUAUGUGAGGGCAGGGUACUCCUAAUGGAUGUCUGACCUUGCCCAGUUCUGAAUCAUGUAGCUGAGAAGAACAUCCUAUUCAUAUAUCUUUUUCAAGCAGCAGCUGAGAUGACCAACAUGCAAGUUAAGUCUUUUUGUGGGAUCUGUAAGAUGAUCUGCUCCUCCAUGAACAAAAAUCACCUGUAUAUAGAAAACUUACCAUGACACUGAGAAGGGUUCUAGCUUUUUUUGUCUUCAUUCCUUGGAAACUUUCUGUGCAUGGAGGGUCUUGCUUGGGAAGCAUUCUACCAGCCCUCGCUAAGCUUUUAAAUGGCACAGUCAUCCAGGUGCUGCAGUAUCUGAUGUUUGUGAGAAUGAGGCCAUAAUCAUGGUGGUUCCUGUGAGAACUCCCAAGCUGGUAAAACAGAUGCACAAUGUUCUUGUGAGUGCCAUGCCUCCCCUAGCCCAGCCCCUUCUGGGUGUAUUGGGACUGGAAUUCCCAGAACUACCAGCCAUCUUGCCCCUUGCGGUUCCAACACGGCCUUUCCCCAUCGGUUCCAACACAUAUCAGGAAAGGCUGUUCUAGCUGAACAAGCAAGUGCCCCCCAAUGGAUUUGGGUCAGGGAUUCUGCUGCUUCCUUCAUUCCACUUUUAGAGCAAUCCGCCUUUGAGGUCUGCUCAGUGGCCAGUUGGCCUCUUCUGAUAGAACACAAAAUGUUACACAUGCUGUUAAGCAACAUAUCUGUUUGCAAUUUGGCUUUUUCCUUUUUUUUCUUCCAAAGAGUUGUGGGCUUCAAUGUCAUGAUAUAUUUGCAAAGGCUACCUUAAGUGCUUGCUUUUUACAGAGUGGACUGGGAGAAGCAAUAAGCGUGAAUUUAGAAAGGUGAUGUCCUAGACAACUUUGUGGCUAAGACCCUUUAGUUCCUGGAAAAACAGCCCCCAGUCCAUUACUCUUAACAAUGAAAAAUCACUUGGUAGUUGAACAAAUGCAGCAGUAAUGGAUUGAUGGCACUUCUUACUCAUGUAUAGGUAUGUUUUCCCCCUAUAGUUGCACUUAAAAGGGGUGUGUUUGUGGUGGGGACCUCCUGGAGUUGCUAAACUGCAACUUCCAGCAGUCUUAGUGGCAGUAACUGUGAGGAAUCAGCAGCACCUGCAGGAUCUUGCUGUUUUUGUCAGAAUGACGAAAGCGGUGUCCGUGUAGGAUCACAGGUGCCACCCCUUUGGGAUCUGUAUGUGAUGUCAUGAAGCUCAUAGGAAAGGGGCAGGGCUUGCACUGUGAUGCCACAGCACUGCUUUCAUCAGCCUGACCCAUCUGCAAAUGCUGCUGUAAGGAAUGUUGGAAGUUGGAGUUCAGGGACUGGAAGGCUGCAGAACCCCUAUCCAUGAGAAAUACACAACAUAAGGAUUGGUCAGGACUAGAUGGGCUUACUUGCCAAAGUUAGAUCUAAGACACUGUCAUUUACCUGUUCCCUCCAGCUGCCAGAAAUGUCAACAUCAUGCCUUUAACAGGGGCAUUGUAUUUGUUGCCUAAAAAUCUGUUUAAAAUAAAUGAAAUGAUCAGAAUUUUAGAAGGUCUUGGUUUUUUCUGCAUUUUUUUUUUUAUGGUGGGAAUGAGAAAUUAAGAUGGGAAGAUUAGGAUUGUAAACCCAGUUCUGAGGAUCUGGGAGUUUGGAAUUUAUCUUUUCUUCAGCAAAACCCUAUGUAGUCUAGGAAUGCUGUUUCCCUCAGGCUUCUGCUUGUCUGAAUUUGGUGCCAUCAAGCAUGGUAGGGCCAGCAGUUUUAAUCAAAUGUAUUUUUAUUCCACGCUUGCUCCAAGGAACACGAUUUGCUCCUUUCUCACUUUAAUAGUUCUGUGUGGUAAAGAAAGUCAGGAAGAAGAUAGCAGAAAAACACUUCUGUAUUGUUCCCAGGAAAACAGAAUGAUGUGCUCAUGUAGUCACCAGGAGUUUAGGUAGUGAUAGAUCUUGUCACCCAGAUGUUUCAUACCAGCCUGUGGACUGGUCUACCUUAUUUCAGUCCUUCAUUCUAACAAACCUGCAAUACAAGUGAUGUUAUAAUUUCUUGGUGACUGAUGAUUAUCUGUUUAGAAAAUGUUCUGUUUAUUGUUUAAGCUUAAGUUGCACUAGACAAAAUGGUCCAUGCAACCACAGACAUCAAAAAGGAACAAAUAAAAGAGUACAAUGGUUUAAAA